AUGUCGUUCAACAUCCGCGAACAGUUCCACACUGACAAGCUUAUCUCUCAUCGGUUCGCCGAGUUGGACACCCGCGGCAAGGUCCAAGCCGAAUACAUUUGGAUUGACGGAACUGGCGAACACUUGAGAUGCAAGACCAGAACUUUGGACAAGGCUCCCAAGUCUCCUGAAGGUAUGCUGCGACAAUAUUUUCGAUUUUUUUUUGUUACUGUUAGAAGUUUUUCAUUUUUUCGAAAAAUUUUGGGAGAUUCGGCAGGUUUUUAAUUAUAACUUUUGGGGAAGUAGAGCUAAAGAUCUGAAAAUUUUAGUGAAGGUAGAUAAUUCAGUUGGCUACCUUAUCCAAAAAAGAAAAUUUUAAAAUUUUUUGGCAUUUCGAAGUUACAGUAAUUUUACCGUAACCUACUUUUUUCAAAAUUUUUCAUUUUUUAAAAUUAUUUUAUAUUAAAAAUUGAAACAUAUAUGUUGUAAAGCACGAAAAGCUGUAUAUAUUCAAGAAGUUUUACGUUGGCAUCAUGAUUUAUGGAAGAGUUUAAACCAUUUUUUUUUCAGACCUCCCCAUCUGGAACUUUGACGGUUCUUCGACCGGCCAAUCCGGUGGAGCCGACUCCGAUGUCUUCUUGAAGCCAGUAGCCAUCUACAAGGACCCCUUCCGUCUCGGCGAGCAUGUCCUAGUAAUGUGUGAGACCCUGGACAACAAACUCCAACCUCACCCCACCAACAACCGUCGUCGUUGUCUUCAGACCAUGCAAGCGGCCAAGAACGAGCACCCAUGGUUCGGAAUGGAGCAGGAAUACACUCUGUUGGACGUGGAUGGACAUCCAUUCGGCUGGCCCAAGAACGGCUUCCCCGGCCCACAAGGACCCUACUAUUGUGGAGUUGGAGCCAACAAGGUUUACGGCCGUGAUAUUGUAGAAGCUCACUACCGUGCUUGUUUGUACGCUGGAAUAAACAUCUCCGGAACGAACGCUGAAGUCAUGCCAGGACAGUUUGAGUUCCAAGUCGGCCCAAGCGAAGGUAUCAACAUGGGCGAUGAACUAUGGAUCGCCAGAUGGUUGUUGCACAGAAUCGCCGAAGAAUUCGGAGUUAUUGCCACUUUGGACCCCAAGCCAAUCAGCGGCGACUGGAAUGGAGCCGGCUGUCACACCAACUUUUCCACCGAGAAAAUGCGCAAACCCGGAGGCUAUAAAGAGAUCAUUUCGGCCAUUGAGAAGUUGUCCAAGUCCCACAACGAACACAUUGCCUACUACGACCCAUCGGGUGGUGCUGACAAUGCUCGUCGUCUGACCGGACUUCAUGAAACCGCCUCCAUCUCGAACUUUAGCUACGGCGUAGCGUCACGAUGUGCUUCAGUCAGAAUCCCACGUCAAACUGAGGUGGAUCAAUUCGGCUACUUUGAGGACAGAAGACCAUCGUCCAACUGUGAUCCAUACAGUGUGACGGAUGCCAUCGUUCGCACAUGUUGUUUGGGAGUAAAGAAGUUGAGUAAGACCUACACUCCACAAGAUGCGGAAUCGUUGAGAAAGAUGAUCGGCCAAAUGCAACAGUCCAAGAUCCACGAGGAGGAGACGGAAUAA